UGGUGCCCCGCGCUGCCGCCGGGCCGGUGCCGCUGCCGCCAUGGCGGAGGCCGCAGGAGCCGCCCGGCCGCCGGCCGACGUGAGCAGCGAUGAGUGUCUGCGCGAGUACCGCCACCUCUUCAGCGCCGACAUCCUGGCGGGGCAGGUGGCCUUCAUCACCGGCGGCGGCUCGGGCAUCGGCUUCCGCAUCGCCGAGAUCUUCAUGAGACACGGCUGCCGGACGGUCAUCGCCAGCCGGAACCUGCAGCGUGUGUCAGAGGCCUCAAAGAAGCUGGAGGCAGCCACAGGGCAGCAGUGCCUGGCUCUGUCCAUGGAUGUCAGGCAGCCCCAGACCAUCGUGGCAGCGGUGGAGGCGGCGCUGAAGGAGUUUGAGCGGAUCGACAUCCUCGUUAACGGUGCUGCAGGAAACUUCCUGUGCCCAGCCAGUGCCCUGUCCUUCAAUGCCUUCAAGACAGUGAUAGAUAUCGACACCAUUGGCACCUUCAACACCUCCAAAGUCCUCUUUGAGAAGUAUUUCCGGGACCACGGCGGGGUCAUCGUUAACAUCACGGCCACCCUGAGCUACCGAGGGCAGGCCCUCCAGGUGCAUGCUGGCUCUGCUAAGGCUGCCAUAGAUGCCAUGACCCGUCACCUGGCGGUGGAGUGGGGGCCCAACAACGUCCGAGUGAACAGCUUGGCUCCGGGGCCCAUCGCAGGCACCGAGGGCUACCGGCGCCUGGGUGGGAAGUUUGCCGAGGAAGGGGAGCACUUGGCCGCCAUCCCCCUGCAGCGCGCGGGGAACAAGACGGAGAUCGCCCACAGCACCCUGUUCCUGGCCAGCCCCCUCUCCUCAUGUCUGGGCUGCAGGAGCAAACCAGAAUCAAUGAUGGACAGCCUGGGACUGACUGAUGGACAGAAACGUGACCUGACGCUGCUGCUGCCCUGGGACAUCUUGGGGUGACGUCCCCCAGAGCCAGGGAGGAAUCUGCCACCUCUGGUCAGUGACUAGGGGAGGGCACUGCUGGGCCUGUGGCCACCUGCAGUGGGCAGUGCCAGGGACAGCUCAGGGUGGGCAUUUGUGUCUCCCUCCAAGUCGCUCUCCCGGCCUUUCCCCAGCCCCAGGCAAGUGCCAGCCGUGGAUUUCCAUCCUCUCCCUCCCAGCUCCCCCAGCCUGGCUGGAGAGCUGCCCACGGCCCCCAGAAGCAGAGACCAGCCUCGUGCUGGGGCAGCAGCAGCUGGCAGCUCCUGAGGUGGGGACACAAGGACCAAGCUGGUGCUGGCAGGGGACACAGCCCAGUCCCCUCGAGGGGGUCCCCAGAGGCUGAUGUGGCUGCAGCUGGGGUGUCCCUCGCCCAGAGCAGUGGUGGUGUGAGGUCAGAGCCUGCUGGAGGUGGCUCUGGGCUGCUGUGGGCCCCAGCCCUGUGCCCUGGGAGCCUGUCUUGCACCCAUCUGUCUGUCCUGCCACUCUCAUGCUGUCUCCUCUCUUCACACACACGCUACAGCUGGGGGUAAGCUGAGGGCCAGCUGCAGCUCAGCCUUUGUGAGCAGGGUGCUGAGCUGCUGGAGCCACACGCAGCCCCGGUGCCAGCGCCUCGGGGUGCAGCAGCCUCCCGCUGCUGACAGCGGUCCUUAAGCUUACCCUGAAUCCCAUGAAGCCUCUUUUCCUGCCUGAUUGCAUUUCCUACUUGAUUGUAGACUCGCCAGGUAUUGCUCCUUCCUCCAGGCCAUGAAUAAAGAGCUUCCACCCUGA